GCCGAGGCUGCGUCAUGAACGAGCGGAACGGCCGGAGGCGGACAAGUGAGCAGCCCCUUCCUUCCCCCGGGACUCCACCACGGGCGGCGCGGGGAGGGGGCGGGUGGUGCCAUUUCAGCGUCCCGGGCCGAGGUUGGGGAGGAGGAGGAGGCGGCGGCCGAGACGUCGGGAGGUCGGAAGCUUUUCCCGAUCCCACCUUCCCUUCCCUUCCAGUGAAGAAGGAUGAGGAGAGCUUUGAGAUCUCCAUCCCAUUCAACGAGACCCCUCCUCUAGAGUCCCCCCAGAUCUUCUACGGCCUGAGUCCUCCCCAGGGCAGCUUCGAGGAGCCCCCGGAGCCCACAUCCCCCACCCUGGCGCUGAUGAAUAGCGUGAAAACCCAGCUGCACAUGGCCUUGGAGCGGAACUCCUGGCUGCAGAAGCGCAUCGAGGACCUGGAGGAAGAGCGGGACUUCCUGCGCUGCCAGCUGGACAAGUUCAUCUCCUCGGCCCGCAUGGACGCAGGUAGUGGGCAGGCCAGGGGCUCCGGCCGGCCGAGGCUCGGCUCCUCCCCCGCCACCCUUCGGGAGAGAGCCAUCUCUCUCCUUGUCUCUUUCCCAUCCCCAGAGGACCACUGCCGGGGCAAACCCGGGCCCCGGCGGGCAGAGGGCACAGAGGGCCGCGGCGGAGGGGAGGCCUCCGACCCAGAGUCAGCGGCCUCAUCCCUCAGCGGCUGCUCGGAGGAGGGGGGCUCUGCCGAGAGGAAGCGCCAGAAGCAGAAGGGGGGCGCCGGCCGCAGGAGAUUCGGGAAGCCCAAGGCCCGCGAGAGGCAGAGGGUGAAGGAUGCCGACGGGGUGCUGUGCCGCUACAAGAAGAUCUUGGGCACUUUUCAGAAGCUGAAGAGCAUGUCAAGGGCCUUUGAGCACCACCGGGUGGACCGCAACACGGUGGCCUUGACCACGCCUAUUGCCGAGCUGCUCAUCGUGGCGCCCGAGAAGCUGGCCGAGGUUGGCGAGUUUGACCCGUCCAAGGAGCGGCUGCUGGAAUACUCCCGCCGCUGCUUCCUGGCGCUGGACGACGAGACGCUGAAGAAGGUGCAGGCUCUCAAGAAAAGCAAGUUGCUGCUGCCCAUCACGUACCGCUUCAAGCGGUGAUCCCGAUUCCCGUCCCCAGAUUCUCCCAGAGCCAGCUGCCAUCUGUCACCUGCCUUUUGUCCCUUCCGUCCUGCAUCCUCAGCCUGGAGGCUCUUGGGCCUGGAUGCCCAAGGCAGCCGGGGCCCAUCCCCGUCCGUUGGUGGAGAGAUCCCACAUGGACCAUCACAUUUCCAUCACGUUUCUCCUGUCUGGAUCCACCCCCCCAUCCCCCAGCCGUUAGCCUUCAGGUGCUGCCUCCCCUUCCCAUUUGGCUGCUUCAGGCGGCCCCUCCAGGGUCCCACUCUAUGACUCUGCUUCCCCUCUAAGCAGGUUUUUCAAGCGACAAUCCUGUUCCCUGUGCUCUCGAGGUGUCCUCCAGAGGCAGCAGCUGGCUCGGGUCCUAUGCUCACGGGGCUCCUGUCCGCCCCUUCUCACCAGGGAACCCCUCAUGGCCCAAAAUGGUUCUUCUGUCCCAGGACCGAUAGGUCAUUUACCACUGUACCUUGCCGGACCAGGCCCCUUAGUGGUGGCCCUCGAGGAGCCCCACCAAGCCCCAGAUCUUGGGUGGGAUUCUGCCCCUCCCUGUCCUCCCUUCCGCACCCUCCCCCCCAGCAAGGAUGCGUGUGUGUGUUUACGCGAUGUUCCAGGGGGUGAGGGUGGGUCUUGCUGGCUCCCCUGGGGGAGCCAGUGUAUCUGUAUGUAUAUAUCACCUUCCAUGCUAUCGGCCUCAGUUUCCCAACCCCGGCCCCGGUUUGCGUUCCUUGAUUCUGAAUCGGAUCUCCUCGUCCCCAACGCAAGCUGAGGUGCCAGGGCGUUCUGCAGGGGUUCCCCCAGCGGCCAGGCUCGGGUGCAUUUAGAGUCCCGGCUUCUUCUCACUGCUCUGGCUAGGACUCCCCUCCCCUCCCUUCCCUUCCCUAGGCCGGUUUGCUUCUGCGAGACCUUGGAUAAGUCCUUUCCGCGCUGGGUCUCCGGGGCCUGGCCUCCCGCUCCCGCUCCCGCUCCCAGCGCCGGGUGGGGGGGGCCGGCCCUCCCCCCCUUCCCGGGAGGGGGCGGGGACUAAGAAGGGGGCGCUCCCUCCCCGCAGCUCCCUGAGGCGCCCGGGAUCAACAGAAAUGAAUUAUUCACAGAGUUUAAAUUAAAAGUUAACCAGCAGAUUUGGAAUAA